AUGGGAUUCCUUCCUAAGGUGGUGUUGAGCUGCCAUAUCAAUCAGGAGGUGUUGUUCCUUCGUUCUGACCUAGUCCUUCUAACAACAACUCGCUGUUUUGAUGGGAGUACACCAGUUCAUGCUGCUGCUUUCUCUUGCAAUCAGUGGAAUCUUAGUAAACUCAUUGAUGCUGGUGGAGAUUUACGACUUCAUGAUCAGGAAUGCAGAACACCAUAUGCCUGGGCUAUCAUGUCUGGAAAAGAUCGAAAUGUACAGAUGUUGGAAUUUAUUAAAAGUUGUUCUGGACAUAUGAAAGCUCUGCUUCAAUGUUUUCCUUACAAAGCAUUUAUGAAGGUUGACUCAUCAAGUUUCCUGAUACGUAACCCAUCUAUAAUUGGUUUAAUUUCUCAAGGGAAUUUCGACAAACCUCUGUCCAAGUAUCUAAAAUAUGGCGGCAUUUCUACUAACACAAUGUAUGGUUUUGGCUAUGGAAAGUUAUAUUUGACAAUCACUGGGCGACUGGAAUUUUUUGGAACAAUUCCAUUUGUUGAAGAAAAAUAUUUAGUUCAAGGAGAUGACAAACUCUCUUUCUCCUACCCAGCUGGACCUUAUAUGACGAUGACAAGUUUAUUGUGGGGUUGUACUGAAGUUACUGUAAAAGAACUCAAUAUAUUAGCUCAUGAUGCGUGCAGCAAAUUGCGGUUUGUCGAUCUUCUUAUUGCUGAGCAGGAAUACCUAAGUAAGCUUCAUCACCCAAAUUUGAUUCAGCUAAUAGCAGUAUGUGUACCUCCUGAUCUGGAAAUAAUACGUCUAGUUUUUGAAAGAGUUACUUUGGGAUCUCUUUAUAGCGUUCUUCAUGAGAGGCGCUCAGAAUUUCCGAUACUGCACAUGGAGACCUUAGUACAUUUAUUACUUCAGAUGACUGAUGCCCUUCUUUUUCUUCACUACCGUGGUUAUAUCCAUCGUUCUCUUACUUCACAUGCUGUGCAGAUUUUUUCUGCAGGAUUAGCUAAAAUAAGCCAUUUUGAGUAUAUGAUUGAAAGCAAAGAUGGAGGGACCCACAGUGACCUCACUCAUUUCCCUAUACCUAUGCAGCUUUAUAAUUGGUUGGCUCCAGAAGUAAUUCUAGGGAAAACAGUUACAGCAAAAUGUGAUAUUUACAGCUUUUGCGCAAUUACUCAGGAGAGUCUAACUGAUACACUUCCUUGGGAUGGAUUGGAUGGCAACUCAAUUAAAGCUGCAUUAAUUGCAGGCCACAAUUUAACUGCUGAUAUUAGACUUUCUAAACCUUAUGAUUACAUAGUGAGCACAGGAAUCCAGCCCAAACCAAAGGAUAGAUUAGUGAAUUUGCAGGAUAUCCGAUGCAUGUUAAAAAAUUAUCUCAAGGAAAUUAUUGAAUCCAAAAAGAGUAAACCUGAUAAAUUAAGCAUCCAAAAUCUAUACCCAGAGAUAAGCAUUGGUUUGCAGCCCAGAACUGAGAUUUCAAGAGAACUACACGUUCAGGACAAGGAGCAGGCAGAUAUUAUUGCAAAUGGAAAUGGUGUUCAAAGUCUACAUCACUAA